AUGAAGUCUGUUCUGUUGGCCUCGUUGGUCACCUUGGCUGUGGCUAAGGGUCAUCAUGGCAAGCCGCCUGUGUCUCCGAAAACCUUCCCCGAUGAUAUUAAGCUGAAGGAUCUGCUGCGAGGGUCCCAGGUGCUGGAGGACUUUGCCUAUUCCUACCCCGAGCGCAACCGUGUGUUUGGCGGCGCCGCGCACCAGGACACCGUGAACUGGCUGUACAAGGAGCUGAAGAAGACGGGCUACUACGAUGUCUGGAAGCAGCCGCAGGUGCACCUGUGGACCAAGGCCGACCAGAGCCUAACGGUCGACGGCGAGUCCAUCGAUGCGCAGACCAUGACCUACAGCCCUAGUGUCGACGUCAGCGCCGAGUUGGCCGUCGUCGCCAACCUGGGCUGCUCGGCCUCCGACUACAGCGACGUAGCCGGUAAGAUCGCCCUCGUGCAGCGUGGAGAGUGCAGCUUCGCCGAGAAGUCCGUCAACGCUGCUGCCGCUGACGCCGCCGCCACGAUCGUCUAUAACAACGUCGAGGGCACCGUCGCCGGUACUCUGGGCGGCGCCACCAGCGAGCUGGGCCCCUACUCGGCCAUUGUCGGCAUCACCAAGGCUGAUGGCCUGACCCUGGUUGACUUGGCUGAGGCUGGCGCCGUGAAGGUCGACCUGGUGGUGGACAGCCAGCAGGAGAACCGCACGACGUACAAUGUCAUUGCGCAGACCAAGGGCGGCGAUCCUAACAAUGUCAUCUCUCUGGGUGGCCACACCGACUCGGUCGAAGCUGGCCCUGGCAUCAACGACGACGGCUCCGGCAUCAUCAGCAACCUGGUGGUGGCUAAGGCGCUGACCAAGUACAAGACCAAGCACGCCGUGCGCUUCUUCUUCUGGACCGCGGAGGAGUUCGGCCUGCUGGGCAGCGAGUUCUACGUCAACAGCCUCAACGCCACCGAGCUGGCCAAGCUGCGUCUCUACCUGAACUUCGACAUGAUCGCCUCGCCCAACUACGCCCUGCUGAUCUACGACGGCGACGGUUCCGCCUACAACCAGUCCGGUCCGGCUGGAUCCGCCCAGAUCGAAUACCUCUUCGAGGACUACUACAAGUCCAAGGGCCUCGCCCACUUCCCCACGCAGUUCGACGGCCGCUCCGACUACGAGGCCUUCAUCCUCAGCGGCAUCCCUGCGGGUGGUGUCUUCACCGGCGCGGAGGGCAUCAAGACCGAGGAGCAGGCCGCCCUGUACGGUGGACAGGCCGGCAUCUCUUACGACGAGAACUACCACGCUCCCGGCGACAACUUCACCAACCUCAACCACGAGGCCUUCCUGCUGAACUCCAAGGCAACGGCCUUUGCGGUCGCCACCUACGCCAACGACCUCUCCUCCAUCCCGAAGCCUAACACCACCUUCUCUGUCUUCCAGCGCUCUACCGAGCGCAAGCGUCGCAAUGCCAUCCGUCGCCAGACUCCUCGUGCUCUGUCGCACGCGCAUGCCCACGGCACAGGGUGCUUCCACUCUCUGGUGGAGGCGUAA